AUGGAUGUUGUGGGUGAAAAUGAGGCUCUUCAACAGUUCUUCGAAGGUAGGUGGCCAGCGGCUAAAGUAAAAGAACGUUUUGUCUGCGCUAAGGGAGUGUGUUGUAUUUUCAUUGCCUCUUCUGAUAACUCCUUAUUCAUAUACACCAAAAGACGACUUUUUGCUGGGCUAUUCUCCCAAUUUCAUUUCCAAAGAGAGCACAUGUAUUGAGUGGGUGGGGCCAUGUGAAUGAGUAGAAAAGAACAUAUUUUAAUAUAUUUAUAUCCUGCCUUACCUCCCAGGAACUUGAGAUUGAUUCAUUUAUGAUAUUUAUAUAUUAUGCUUCAUAUUUGGACUACAGGGACUACAGAGUAUAUGAAGCAUAAAAUCAAAUACAGUGCUAGCUCGGGUUAAUAAUUCGUUCUGGAGGUUUGUUCUUAACCUGAAAUUGUUCUUAACCUGAGGUACCACUUUAGCUAAUGGGGCCUCCCACUGCCACCAUGCGAUUUCUGUUCUCAUCCUGAAGUAAAGUUCUUAACCCAAGGUACUGUUUCUGGGUUAGCGGAGUCUAACCUGAAGCGUCUGUAACACGUACCACUGUAACUCAAUACAGAGAAAAUGUAAACAGACCUCAGAGCAGACAUAAAGCCAUUAAAAUGGCUAAUAUUUUCGUGUUUUCCUGGUGCCUAAAGAAUGGUAGUGUGGGUGCCAGGUAGUCUAGGUCUAGUGCCAUGCACGACUACAACACAACAACCCUGUGAGGAAGUUUAGGUUGAAAAAUGAUCACUGGUGUGAGCCCAUCCAGUAAACUUCAUGGUUGAGUAGAGAUUUGAACCUGAGGUUUUAACACACAUGAAUGUUCACCAUACUGUAUGCAGCUUCAAGCUGUGAUCUUAUCCAGCACUGCAUGCGUGUGGGGUUUUAAUUUUAAAAAUCUUAGUACAGAUGUACCUUGGAAGUCGAACGGAAUCUGUUCCGGAAGUCCAUUCAACUUCUGAAAAGUUUGGAAGCCAAGAUGCGGCUUCCAAUUGGUUCCCGAUUGCGCAGAUAUGCUGGAAACAACAGCGGAAGCCGUGCCAGACGUUGUUCAGCUUCCAAAAAAAAGAACAUUAGAAAACCAGAACACUCCCCGUUUUUGAUCAUUUGGGAGCCAGAACAUUAAACUCCCAAGGCGUUCGGGAGCCGAGGUACGACUGUACAUUUAAAAAUAUUUAAAUGAACAAUGAUAAGAGAAUGAACUUUGUAGUCAUCUUGUUCAGAAAACCCUAAAAUCCUCUGGCAGCAACUUUACAUGCAUAUUAAUCAAAACAUCUUCCUGAAAUCUAGCCACAUAUUCACACAUAUUCACAUUAGCCACAUCCCAUAUUAUUAUUAUUAUUUUUAAUAAUAAUUAUUAUUUUCCAAAAACACUAAAAAAAGAAGAAAAAAAGAAAAAGAAAAACAAUACAAUACAACACAUCAAAUUAACAAAACAAGACAAAGACAAUAAAAUAAAUCAGACAAUUUCAUUAUCCCAUCUUUCAUUCACUUAUUUCCACGACCUCCUCACACCUCCCUUUUUGUAUUCCACUUCUGUUAAUUAUUUCAGCAAUUCCUUUCCAUCUUCCUCUGUUUUCUAUCCUAUAAUUAUCUUAACUCAUUCUAACCUUAUUUCCCCCCCCCUUUAACUCUAUUAACCUAUCUGUACUUAAUUCCUUAUAAUAUUUCUACUAAAGCCAUAUAACUUCAACAUUUUUCUAACAUUCAUUAAUUUUACAAUAUUUCUGUAGAUAGUCUUUAAACUUUUUCCAAUCUUCUUCCACCAACUCCUCUCCCUGGUCUCGGAUUCUGCCAGUCAUUUCCGCUAGUUCCAUGUAGUCCAUCAACUUCAUCUGCCAUUCUUCCCGGGUGGGCAAAUCUUGUGUCUUCCAAUACUUCGCAAUGAGUAUUCUUGCUGCUGUUGUUGCAUACAUAAAAAAAGUUCUAUCCUUCUUUGGCACCAAUUGGCCGACCAUGCCCAGGAGAAAGGCCUCUGGUUUCUCACAUCCCAUAUUUUCUAAGCUAUAAUUAUAUAAAGAAUAAUUCAAUUUGUUUUUUAGUAUUGGACAACUAAUAUAUAUAUUUAUGCUGCUUGCAGUUCUGUAGUCCCCCUCCCCCUUUGACAUUAUAAUACUAUUGUGCCUGGAAUCUUUGAAGUCAGAAUAAUAAUAUAAUAUAAUAAUGAUAAUGAUAAUAAUUUUAUUAUUUAUACCCCGCCCAUCUGGCUGGGUUUCCCCAGCCACUCUGGGCGGCUCCCAACAGAAUAUUAAAAACAAUAAAACAUCAAACAUUAAAAACUUCCCUAAACAGGGCUGCCUUCAUAUGUCUCCUAAAUGUCGGAUAGUUGUUUAUUUCCUUGACAUUUGAUGGGAGAGCGUUCCACAGGGCGGGCACCACUACUGAGAAGGCCCUCUGCCUGGUUCCUUGUAACCUCACUUCUUGCAGGGAGGGAACCGCCAGAAGGUCCUCGGAGCUGGACCUCAAUGUCUGGGCUGAAUGAUGGGGGUGGAGAUUUAUGUGGUGACCGAAAAAAUGAAUAUAUAACAGCUUUUUUCAGCCGAAAACCAUAGCCCAAAUUCUCCAUGUUUAAUCUUAAGGGCAAGAUGUGCACAGAGCAUUGGAGAAUGCAUUGGUGGAUACACGGAUGCUGGAAGAAUUCAUAGACAGUGACUUUGAAUCGUUUGGAAGCCUGUAAGUAUGAAAAGUUUUCCUCAUCAUUUCCCUCCUCCACCAAUUUCUUAAAAUCGCACACAAAUAAUGGCAGGGAUGAGGCGCCAUUCCUGAAACAGGGUGAAGAUCCAUGCCUUAUUCAAAAUAGGUUUUUCAAGGACAAAUGACAAAUGAAUGGCUGCUAAACAGCAAUGAAAUUUAUUUUAUCCCUGCUCCUGGGUCUUCCACCCCACAUUGUUCAAGAGAGCCCCAUACAUUCUGAAUAGGCUUGUGGCGGGGAGAGGUCGUAGUGGCAAGCAAGGAAUGGGAAACUUUCCGCUGUGAACUUAGGACCUGAGCCAAUAUCUUCAACGGCUCAAUUGAUACUUAGAAAUAUCCUGUGGAAUGGGAGGGAGAGAACAGCAAAUGUUCCCCAAGCUCCUGUUUAAUGGAGCCAUGCCAAUGCCGAGAAAGGGGCAAUAUUAUCAGUUCUGGAUUGUGCUGCUUCCUCUUCCAUAGGCAACUCUUUGAAUAUGUGGUAAGACAAGUGUCAGCGGUCAUUAGAAUAGCAGACUCACUUUGGAAGGAGAAGGAAAGAGUACGAACACUGCUAUCAUCAUAAUUUCCCAAGAAUCAAUUGCAGAUCUUAUUAACCACAGUUUCUCUUCAGUACUUGUUAUCAUGCCAUCCGUGGGGGUUGGGCUAGCCCACACAUUUAUUGUACCUAUCAGGAAUCCUCACAGAACGAGACUUUAAUAGCUCACGUAACAUGUAGAUCUGCAUUAAAAUGCAUGGCUUGGCAUAGCUAACAAAUAGGUUUGUGGGGUUUUUUUUGUAAACACAUAGAAACUACAUUUUUUUAAUUAAUAAUUUUAUUGUUUAUUUAACAUAAUUGUUACAAAAGAUAAGCAAAAUAUUGCAAAUACAUAUAUAUUUCAAAUAAGCACAUAUACAUGAAAGUAGGAACAGAAGAGGAAAAAAGAAGAAAAGAAAAAAGAAGAAGAAAAAAAAGAAAAAAGAGAAGAAGAAAAGUUGGAAGAUACAUUUUUGUUAUCUGUAUAAUGGCUUUUUUUUUUUUUUGCCCUGCCCCUCUCGACUCCAAUUCUAGGCAAAACACGCUCCCAGACUCCCCGCCAGAUUCAGGAUCAGAGCCCUACUCUCCACCACAGACCAAAGGUUGGUUGUGUGAGUCCUGAUUGGUUGGCAUUCUGGAUUGGGUGUCCAGUGUUCAUCUGAAGUGGUGACGCUGGAUGAUGCAAUGCUGCUCUCUCUCUCUCUCUCUCUCUCUCUCUCUCCACAGUCACGUAUUAUGACAUUUCAUACCCUACCGGGUUGCGACCUUCAGCACCUCUCCCUUCUGUAGGGCCCACCAAUAAGUUCCCUUGCAACUUUUUUGAGACUUCUUGUAAGACAAAUGCUAUCGGACAAGCGUGUGGUUCACACCAUGACUUCAGUCUGAAGACAGGCAAUGCGCCAACUCCCUGGAAUAACUCCAUGCCAUCAAAUAAUCAUGCUUCAAAUGGCUCCCUGUUAAGACCCUCUCACAACCCCAGGUAAUUUAAAAUAUAUAUUACUGUAACCAGUGCUUUCCUCCUCAUGGAUUAGCAAGAAAAAGUGUGAAGAAAAAAAUGAUUCUGAUUUAAAUUUCACCUGCAAAAAGAAAGAAAAAAUUCUGCUGCAUCUUUCAGAGGCUCGUCAUAUUUUAGAGGCAUUUCCUUUUGUAGGAAAGAGCUGCUGUCAGCAAAUUCAUGUUGUUAAGGCGCACAAAAUAAGAUUUCAAUCUCUCCACAAGGUGGCAGCAUUUAAAUGUUGAACAGCUCAGUCUUGUGCAAGUUUUACUCAGAAGUAAGUUACAUUGUAAGGGACGUGGGUGGCAUUGUGGGUUAAACCACAGAGUCUAGGGCUUGCCGAUCAGAAGGUCGGCAGUUCGAAUCCCCACGACGGGGUGAGCUCCCGUUGUUCGGUCUCUGCUCCUGCCAACGUAGCAGUUUGAAAGUAUGUCAAAGUGCAAGUAGAUAAAUAGGUACCGCCCUGGCGGGAAGGUAAACGGUGUUUCUGUGCGCUGCUCUGGUUCUCCAGAAGCGGCUUAAUCAUGCUGGCCACAUGACCCGGAAGCUGUCUGCGGACAAACGCUGGGUCCCUUGGCCACUAAAGCGAGAUGAGCACCACAACUCCAGAGUUGUCUGAAACUGGACCUAACAGUUAGGGGUCCCUUUACCUUUACCUAAGUUACAUUGUGUUCAAUAGAAUUUAGGAUUGCAUUUGUCACAUGAUCUUUCUUUGAAAUAUUGCAUUAAUAUUUUAAUCAAUCGGUAUCAGCCUUCAUGUUCCUUCUAGUCUUUCCUUGGUAUCUAAAAAGAGAAAGCACUCUGAGAUGUUGGAGGACCCUCUAGAAUUUCAAACAUGGUCUGGCAAUGUUGGACAAAGUAAGUGGAAGUGUAUAUUUUGUGGGUAGGGGUGGGGAUCAUCCUUCAGCACAGCUAUGUCCACCUCCAUACACCUGAGACUUUAAAGUACCGUAAUAUAAUAGUGGGUUUGGAAGAUGGAAAGCAUGAAACUAAAAACACCCAGCCUUGAGCCAAGAUCUGUCUAUCUACCUAUCAAACUGAUCACUGACAUUCCUGAGGGGCCUGUAUGAGAAGGCUUGGACUUAUUUCCUUAAUUUUAUUUUUUUGUUUGCUGUGUUCAGUGCAACUCACAUGUCCCAUGUGUAAUGCCAAUGAAUAUACACAUUUGCACCAGGUGGGGAGCUGUCAUUGAUCCAAUGUGCCAAUCAGCCCACCCCCUGCCCCUGCACCACUGUUGUUUGAACAGAAAGAUCUGGACACCUUGGAUGGUAUUCAGUUCAGUAGUUCUGCUAGUGCAAGCACUUUUGACUGGGCAGCAGAACUUCCCCUCCCUCUCCUCUCACCACAAAUCCUGUGCACUCCCUAAAUCUGCUCUGGAGCGUUGGGAGAAAACCCAGGACAUCUUUUAGGAGUGUGUGGGGAGCACAGAGGGAAAGGAACUUCAGUUGUACAGCCAAAAGUGCUUGUUCUUGCAUAAUUGUUUAGGAGGGUGCUGCGCUCCGCAUGCAAUUGCACACACAAUGUAUCAUCUUCUUUGGCCCCAAGAUUCUGCACUUCUAAUCCUGUAAACUGCUAUCCAAGCACAACAAGCAAGAGAUGGUACAAGAGCGUCUCUAUGGCUCAAGGUGCCAUCACCAUCAUUUAUUGUUUAUAUGCCUCCCAUCUGACUGGGUUAGCCCAGCCACUCUGGGUGGCUCACAGCAAAAUAUUAAUAUGAACCAUUAAAAACUUCCCUGAGCAGGGCUGCCUUCAAGCAUCUUCUAAAAGUCAAAUAGUUUAUCUGUUUGGCAUUUGAAGGGAGGGCAUUCCACAGGGCAGGCGCCACUACCAAGAAGGCCCUCUACCUGGUUCCCUGUAGCUUCAUGUCUCGUAGUGAGGGAACUGCCAGAAGGCCCUCAGACCUGGACAAUGGGCUGGACAAUGCGGGUGGAGACGCUCCCUUGGGUAUACAGGGCCAAGGCAUGCUUCUUCUAGCCUGACAGAAUCCCCGAAACAACAAUAUGACAGCUCUGCUGAUGGUCUGAUCUCCUUCCAGUGACUCUAAAGGAUUCUUCUCCUGACAUACAAGAGUAUGACAGUGGUGUGCAGAACGUAGUGUCUGUUGAAAAAUCCUAUCCGUCCCUUGCCUGGCAACCAUAUCGGAUAUCUCCCUGGAGCAGCCUGUUCAACCAUAAUUAUGAAAAGCUGUAAGUGCUUAUCACAUUGCAUCCUUUUUUCAUUGUGAUGCUCAGAUUAGAAAGAAAUAGACACCACAGGCUUCUCUUGAGGAAGAGACUGAAUUGAUGUUUGAACUACAAAUUUAAAUGGGUUUGAUGAUGAUGAUCAAUUUAUUCAUACCCCACCCAUCCGGCUGGGCUUCCGCAGCCACUCUGGGUGGCUCCCAACAGGUUAAAAACAGAAUAAAACAAUGAUUGGGUUCUUAGGUUGUAGGCUGCCUUGUCCCUAGUCAGAAAACAGUCUGCCUGGCUCAUACAGCUUCUGCUGGGUUUCAGACACUGGAGUUACCCCCAGCCCCACUUAAGAGAUGUGAGAAUUAUACCUGGGACCUUGCAACACAGGAGGCAUUCUUGGGGAGUGUGCACAGCUGGGGAGGGAAGGAUUAAGGGGAACUAAUGGGUGCUGGGUGUCCAUGCCAGACAUCCAGAUGACAUGAGGAAGGCCAAGCAGGUGGCUCACCCAGUGCACACCCAGUUAAACUGUUCAGCUUGACUGUGUGUCCACUGGGUGAGCCACCUUCAAGAUGGCAUUUCUAAUUUCUGUCCUCAUGUCUGACAUGGACACCCUGCGUCCGUUAGUUCCAGGCAUUCAGCAUGGAGGCUGCCUCUGAAUAUUGUUUGCUGGGGAGGAACAGAUGAGGAAAGCUAUUGCUGUCAUGCUUUCUUGUGGACUUCCUAGAAGCAUCUGCAGAAAGCAGGAUGCUGGCCGAAAUGAACCUCUGGUAUGAUCCAGCAAUGCUGCUCUUCUUAUUCUUUGAAAAUAAGAGACAUUUUUCACCUGAAACUGAUUGGUAGCUUGAGCUGCAUUUUUAGUAUUGUGUAAAUCAAGUAGAUAAAUAGGUACCGCUCUGGCGGGAAGGUAAAUGGCGUUUCCGUGUGCUGCUCUGGUUCGCCAGAAGCGGCUUAGUCAUGUUGGCCACAUGACCCGGAAGCUGUACGCCGGCUCCCUCAGCCAAUAAAGCGAGAUAAGCGCCGCAACCCCAGAGUCGUCUGCGACUGGACCUAACUGUGAGGGGUACCUACGUUUAAAUCAGGGGUAAUAAGCACCUGGGGGUUUGCUGGGGUCAUGAAAACAAGGCACCAUGGCAUCUCUUUGAUGCUCUUGCAUCUUGUUAGAAAUCAAGUGACUGUCAAUGUACUUAUGCUUAAGUGUUACUGCUUAAAACUUAAUAUAGUCUUACUUUAUGAAUACAUUUUUUUACUUCUUGGAAAUGUGCAGUAGUCCAAAGUCUUUCAUAUCUAUGAAUGCCUUAUUUUAUUUCUUGGAAAUGCACAAAUGUUAGAACCAUUUCUUGCUUUAUCAUCUUUUUAGAAGUAGUCCCAUAAUAUGAACAAGGAUAUGAGACUGGGCUGGGGUGGAGGUGUCCGCAAUACAAAAGAGAAGUAGUGAAUAUCUUCUCAGUCUAUAUAUUUUUUUGUCUUCGUUGUCCAAAACCGGGCAUAUCUAUUCUUUCACCAGCAGGGUAAUAUUGGGACUACCAAAUGUUUACUUUCCAAUGUAGAAGAAACAUUUAAAAAUGCAGAUAAAGCCUGAUUUUCAGGCAUUUGUAUCUUUGAAACUUGAUAUCCUCUUUAUUACAUGCUUUACAAAUCCAGAAGUGAGUGGACAUUAUUUAUGAGCCAGUUCUCUUCUCUGCCGUAGAUUAAAAUCUCAUGAAGAAAGUGACAGGUCUCAAAAGGGACCAUUUGCUCUUUCUUCACCAUCCCGAGAGACCAUAAAGUUGAAAUAAAUCUUUUGCAAAAGUCUAUACAUUUUAACCUCUAAUGGCCAAGUGAAAGGAGGAAUCCCAAAGAGCCACCUUUCAUUUGCUGGGAGGAAAGUGGGUUUCCACAGUACCAUGUGACAAGGGAUCAUUGUUCAGCCUUCCUUUAAUGAACAAAGUGACUCUAUAUAAUGGAGACUUUGAGUCUUGGGCUGUAGCUUUCAAGUGAUGUAUUACAGAGAUGCAGACAGAGAGGCACAAUUGUCCUAGAUAGCUAAUUCACUGCUUCUUUCUAGACGGCCUUUGAGACCUUUGCCCCAUACACGAUAGCAGAAAAGAAGGGUCUCACAUUUGGUAGAAACCCACGUUUAAACAGCACAUGAUAGCAGCCAUCCUCAUAGUGACUCUGCGUAGUGACCACCUCCCAAUCCACAUUGCACAGUAUAUUUAUUAGGACCAAAACAAAAUGUCACAAAAUAAGAUGUAGGUUUAAUGCUCUCCAGAAUUCUUCUUCAGGCUGGGAUAUGACACACAGCCGUGGACUGGGAUGGAGGUUGGGGAGGGAAACAAAUAAGCAAAUGAGGGACAAAAAUGGGCUUGAUGCUGUUGCUGUCUCAAGAUGGGAGAUUGUAGACUUGGUUAGAUUUGUCCCUGCUAGAGCCUGCUGCAAGUCUCAGGUUAUGCCUAUGAUUUUAGGACAAAGAAGCAAUUUGGAAACACCGGGGCAUCAGUUUUCCAGAUCUGUUGCUAGCAUUAAGUGAAACAGACACGAGGAAGUAGAAAGAAACAUAAUUAUAUUAACUAAACUGGAGAUCAGUUGAAGUGGGUGUUAAUCUUCGUGAGACUACAAAUGUAGGAAAUUUUUUAUUACCCAGAAAAAUUAUACUGGAUAAUACUGCAGGAGGUUGAAACAAUCUUCCGUGUAUUUUUUUACUGUCAUUUACAUCAGGGGGUUUGAUGGCACACAAAAUAUCCUCAAUCUUAAAGAGUAUACUUAAAGAGUAUCUUCCUUGAGGGUGCUACUACAUUUAUUAAUGAGCAGGUGCAAAACAUCAGCAUGUCUCUUAGACCUGAUGUGGCUGUUAGUUCUUAGCUAGGCAUUUUUUAAAAUAAAUGGUUUUUUGCUGAGGUUGUGAUUUUGCAUUUCAUAUUUGUAUUUUGACUUAUUGGUUGGUUGACCGUCAUAAACAUCUGACUGGAUGUUUUAAAAUGAGGGUUACGUGAGAAAAAUGAGUAGCCUUUUCGCUCACUGCGUCAGAAAGGCAUCGUGAGCAACAGUGCUCCUUUCUGCUUCCUGUCAGCCCUGGAAGGAGCCAAUCACUCUCUUAAAAAGGAACUACUUGAGGUGUUUAGGUAUCUCUGCCUAUUUCCUGUACAGCAUUAAAAGCCAAUUUAAGAAUCCAUUAUUACUUCAAAGAUCUCCCUCCAAAAAGACAUGAAUAAUUUGUUACUGGAGUAUCCACAUCUAUGAUAUUGUCUGAGUGACGUAACUUGCUGAAAUAUUAUUCCACUUACAGAUUCCUCUUGUGUGUGUUUUUUUCCAGCCCAGAUGUGGGAUAUUACAUUGUUACAAACAAAGGAUUUAAUUUUUCAACAGCAGAUAGUGCUUUUGUUUGUCAGAAGAAAAACCAUUUCCAGAUCACAGUCUACAUUCGAGUGGUUGGACACCCAAAAUUCAUCAAAACCCAUUUGGGGCUGAAGCCGGUAGAAACGUUUUACCUGAAAACUUUUGGUAUUAAGGUAAGUGUGUUUCCUUCCUUCCUUCCUUCCUUCCUUCCUUCCUUCCUUCCUUUCUUUCUUUCUUUCUUUCUCAUUUUAAUUAUUAAUUUAUUUCAGAUACUUCUAUGCUACCUUUUAGGGCAGGUAUGGGGAAGCAAAUACAGCCCUCCAAACCCUUGGGACUAUUCCCAGGCCUUCCCCCACCACUUGCCCUGCUUCACACCUUCCUUGAAUGUUUUUGUGUGGCUGGAAUAUGCCCUUGAACUCUGAUCCUCUCUCUUUCUUGCCUGGAUGGAGGUCAGGUAUUUUCCCAGAUAAGCUUAAUGUACAGAAACCUUCUGGUAUGUUUUUAAAAAGAGAGAGAGAGAAAGAAAGAGAGAGAGAAAGAGAGAGAGUCUUAAACCUCCUUUGCUUGUUAUUCCGUAUUUAGAUGGAAGCUCCCAAUCAAGUAAUCAUCAUUGAGCAAUCUCAACCUGAUCGAAGCAAAAAACCUUUCUACCCUGUUCAGUAAGUAAAAACAAACAUACAAACCACAAAACACCAAAACCCACCCAUUAUUAUUAUCAUUAGUAGUAGUAGUAGUAGUAGUAGUUCCCCACCCAUCUGACUGGGUUGCCCCAGCCACUCUUAGAUGCUUCCAACAAAUAUAAAGGCAUAAUAAAACACUGUACUUAACAAGUAAGUAUAUGUAUCCAUUCAGUUAUUCAUUGGACAUAUCCCACUCUAUUCAGAAAUAUCACAGUGGCUCCUUUCGAUUUCCAGUCUAGGCACCUAUCCAUUCCAGACCCCCACCCACCCAGCCACCCCUGCCUAAAAAGGGCAGGUAAAGCAGAAAACUGCUCAGACCCAUGCUUUCUCAGCAUGGCACAAGGGCAUGUGUGAACAUCCUAACUAUUCAUUUGCUAAAGCCACUAAACUGUUUAGGCUGUGCACUCCUGAGUCAGAAAAGGUAAAGGUAAAGGAUCCCUGGAUGGUUUAGUCCAGUCAAAGGUAACUUUGGGGUUGUGGAGCUCAUCUCGCUUUCAGACCGAGGGAGCAGGCGUUUGUCCACAGACACCUUUCUGCGUUAUGUGGCACAACAGAACAUCAUGAUGGAAACCAGAGUGCACGGAAACACCGUUUACCUUCCCGCUGCAGCAGUACCUAUUAUCUCCUUGCACUGAGAGCUCACCCUGUUGUGUGGAUUCGAACCGCCGACCUUCCGAUCAGCAAGCCCAAGAGGCUCAGUGGUUUAAACCACAGCACCACCCAUGUACACACAGGAUCUAAAUAUUCUUAAAUUUAGCGUCUUCAGGUGCUGCCUGUCUGUAUUUGUCAAUAAUCCGUGGAUCGUGGCAGUACUACCUUUAGGAUUAGGAAGUGUGAGUAUCAAUGAGCUCCAUCCUUUCACUUUUCCAUAGAACAACUUUCCUUAGGACAACUUCCUCCCUGUGGGUAGGCUGAGAUCCUGCAUGCGUAGCCUGGGGACCAAAUUAGAUGUGACAUCAUUCACCACAAUUAGUAACUGCCUAAGUGAUUUUUAAAAAAGUGAAUUGUAUGGGUGUUCCUCGGGCCCAAUCUGGGCUGGGACUUCAGUGGGCAUUGAAGACCCCCUUCCACCAUUGCAAUCUGCCAGGGUCCAAACUGGGCCCACCAGACCCACUGUUUACUUUAGCAAGCCAUUCAUGCAAUUGCUAAUCUUGGGAAUGCUAUCAUGUCUAGUUGGGCUCUUUUGCCGUUGAUACUUGUUGGGCAGCUCCAGUCCUGUUUCCAUGUUCCUCUGCCUACAUCAUUGUUUUGCUGAUGAGAAGGCCAAAGACAUAUCUUUUUCCUGGGAGGUGUUAUGUAUUCAGUGGUCUGUGUUUGUCUGAGCUUGAGUCUGGACUAAGGAUUCUGAGCUCCUGUGUUCUGAUUCGAUACAUGAUGCCCAAUCACAAAACAUUUCAGGAUUUGGGCCUCUGCCAUUGGCCCUUGAACUCUGAGUCAUUAUUUGCAGCUUGGAAAUUGUCAAUCAUGCUUUGUGUGGGAGUGGCCCAGGCUUUCAGGAAUGUAUAUAAGCAGCUGCUUUGCCCCUGUUUCCCAGUUAUGUAGUUAAAUAAAGGUUCUUGCUGUUAUCACUGUGUCUGGCAUCAUGGGAACCCACCUACACUUCAGGAGUAUUUGAGGUGAGGGAUAUAUCAUUUGGGAGAUGGAAAGCACCAGGGAAGGAAUCCAAAACUGUUGAGAUCUGGGGGCAUCUAGCUGUAAGAAGAUUCAGCAGAGCGUUAGCCAAAAAUGAGUCUUCACAAAUUGUCUUGCCAAUUAUCUGUCAAUAAUCUGGUGAUACCACGCAAUAUACAUCUUUUCACAAAUGUAAAUAGGUGAAUACUUGAGAGAGGCAGUGUAAAUUGGGGUGCGGGAAGUGGGGAGCAAAGUCACCUAUUAUCACUGCCAGCUCAAAUUAGGGGUUUCUCUCUUUGAAGUGCAUGUGUGUUACAAGUUAUUUUAAAAAAUUCUGUGCACUACAUAGAUGGCGAAUGCUCACCUCUGUUAAGGACUGAGAGUUUAACUUAUUAGGCACCUUGUGGAAAAUUUGCUGUGAAUUAACAGUUAAACUGAAAUCUGUGUGCUUUCCCCCUUUUGUGCUAUAGAGUUGAUCUGCCAGGAGACCAGGUGACCAAAGUAACCUUGGCACGAUUGCACUUUAGUGAAACAACAGCCAAUAAUAUGAGGAAGAAAGGAAAACCUAACCCUGACCAAAGGUAUUGCAUUUGACAGCAAGCAUUUCACACAUUUCACCAUGUGAUUAUGUUUUAAGGCUCAUUACUCUUCAGCUCCUCUGUUAUCUUACUUCUUUUUCUGGUCCAUGAAUAUCUCUCAUAUAGAUUUGUGUGUGUGUAUAUACACACACAUCUCAUGGCUUAUUAAAAUCUAUGGGAAAAGUGUGACGUAAUUUGCAAGCGCCACUGAACUCAGUGAAACUUACUUCUCAGAAGUCCCAUUCAAUGCAGAAGGGUUUACGCCCAGGUAAGCCUUUGCACAUGUAGUCCCACUGUUCAGAACAAUGAAUAUCUAUUGUCUAAUUAAUGUAUACGGCAUGUGCAGCCUUACAGCACAAUCCUAAACAUGUCUACUUAAAGCAAAUUCCAUUGAAAUAAUGGGCCUUACUCUGAGGUAAGUAGGUUUAGGAUUGCAACCUUAGUGUAUGUAUUGUUAUAAGUUUGUGGGGUGCCUGGUGUCUCCUUCUAAUCCUGGACCCCACUUCUAAUUCCGGGGUGCCUGAAUUUAGCAUGUUAAAAUAUAAGUCAUGUUAAAACAUGAAACAGGCUGGCUUCCUGAUGAAGUCAUUGCCUGGAGAGAAGAACCAUUAAAAUAGCACAAAGAAGGCCAUUAGCAGAGACUCUCUGGCCCUGGUGGCAAAUGGUGAAAGCCCCUCUCGGAGGUGAGAGAUAAUUAACAGAGACAAAAGGCCAGAGUGUCAGGAAGGUGGGGGGCAGAAUGCAGUGGAAAAAGAUGUAAGCAAACAGGAAAAGGUGUCAGUUUUGCAAGCUGGACAGGGGAGGAGCACGAGGUCGGCUAUCUGUUUCAUGCUGCAGAGAAGGUCAGACACAAUGUUUGGGGAUCUCUUGGAAUCUGAGGCUACAGCAGCAGAAGGACAAGACCCUGUUGGGAUCUGAAUGCUCUGCACUCUCACUAUCUAGGCUCAGGUUGUUGUUGUUUAGUCAUUUAGUCGUGUCUGACUCUUCGUGACCCCAUGGACCAGAGCACGCCAGGAACUCCUGUCUUCCACUGACUGGGUUGUACAUAUGUGUAAAUAAACCAUAUAUCAUAAAGACAUCGCAAUCUCUGUUGUGCCUCAUUGUCCAAACACAGACCCUGGUAAAGACACAAGACCCUGGAAUCUCACACCGCUCAGAGAUUGGGGUGGUGUGUCACAGUAUGUUUACUCAAAAGUAAAUCCCAGCUUCAGGUGUGGGAUCCCCUGGGGGCUGGGCAGAGAGAGAGAGAGAGAGAGAGAGAGAGAGAGACUUUGUCAGGCAAGCUCUUAAGCAUGUCUACUCAGAAGUAAGUGCUAUUGACUCAAUAGCACUGACUUUCAGAUAAGUGGGUUUCGGCUUGCAACCUUACUCAAAGGGAAAUCCCAACUUUGGUGUGGUUUGGACAGCAUUAGCAUCCUUGUAAUGUAAGUCUUGGACAGAGUACAGGAAGCUUCUCUGUUUUUGAGGCGCACACCCCUUUGUUUCCGGAGUUAUUGGCCAUGUCUGUGAUUUUUUUUAAUGCCUGAAAUGAUUUUCUAAUUUAAAAAACAACAACAUUCUAUUUAGGUACUUCAUGUUAGUUGCUGGGUUGUACGCCGUCAGUCAAGACCAGCCUUAUUUGGUGGCUGCUCAUGUUUCGGAAAGGAUCAUUGUCAGGGUAGGUCCAGUGCCGGAUACGGCCCUCUGCGUUUUGUUACUGCUCUUCACCUCAGCUGCGCAGUAUUACUAUUGAGAUUUAUGGGGUGGCUUUGCUGCUGCAGUAAUGGUUUCACACUCUUUGCCCCACCUCUUCCUCCCUUCCCCCAUCUUUGUGCUUGCAGUGGGAAGCAUGUUUUAUCUUCCAUUUUAUUCCUGUGAAAGUUGGGAUGCUAAAAAGUCCUUGCAAUUACAAGGGGCUGCCAAGUGGAUCCAGCCCUUGGAACUGGAAUGGUCUCAUAGCCUGGGCUAACUCACAUGAUGUUUGUGAGAAUAAAAGCGGGAUAACCCGUGUUUACUAUUUCGAUCACCACGAAAGCGUGGGUUGCAAAUGUUCAUUCAAAAGUUGGCAUUUUAAAAAAGUAUUUAUAAAAAGAUAUAUAUCGCUGCAUUCUAGAAAUACAUCACAUCGGUUUGCAACUAUAUAAAACCAUGCAGUAAAAUCAUUUUUUUUUAAAUUAAAAACAAACUAAAAGCAAAAUAGUUAAAAACAAGCAUCCAAAAAUUCCACGACUGCCGUGUAAACAAAAGCCCUUUUCAGGCCUUCUUGGUUUGCAUCCAAGGAGAGGCACAAGACCACAUAUCUCAGCCUGACCCCUUUACCAACCCACCACAACCUUCCUGCGUUGAUUGGGAUGGACUGAGAGGGAAUUCUAACUGCACACAGCUGAUCUUGGUUCCAUCCCCCAUCUCCAGACUAUGCCACUCAAUGUGGGAAGGUCAGGGUGGAGGGGGCAGAGUCCUGCCACCCCAGAUACAAAUUAAGAAUGCCUGAAGAGGAAUAAAAUCUUAAUAAGAUCUCAUGCAUCUGAAAUCUCUGCUUAACUUGGUAUGUGCAGCAAAGGCCCGUAAGAGAGAAGCUCUGCUCCGCUUUUCCUGCUAUACUGGGAAAACUCAGCCAUCUACUCACCGAGUUGUGGUUAACAGGCAUAUCAGAUCAUGCUCUAAUUGUGAGGUGCUUGGCUCCACAUACUUACAGAUGGCAGAGAACGGUUAAAAAGAAAGCAAGCUUCCCCCGGUGCUGUUUUGCUUGGAUACAAAUGGGAAUCCUUGAAUUCCAUACUGACUGACUGAUCUUUUUUAAAAUAAACACUAAUAAAUCACUAAAAUCUCAGCAUCGUCGUAUUUUGAACACCUGCCCUAAUUUUGCAUUCUCAUUCCACUUCCCUGAAUGGUAAGAUGUUCCAGUGAAAUGUUAUAGUGUUUACAGCACAAUCCUAGGCAUGUCUACUCAAAAUUACAUCUGGCUGAGUUGAGUGAAAUUUAUUGCCAGGUGACAGAGCAAUCCUAACAACAGGAAGAGGGCAUAAUUUAGGCCAGUGUAAUUUAUGCUCUUACCCUUGUUCCAAGCUUCCUUCAGGACCCUCUGGCAAGGGGCUAUUGCUGGCUGAAACAGCAUGGAGGGUGGGCCUGAGUUUUUAGGACAUGACUGAGCUGAACAGGGUUUGGAAUAGGUGCAAGUCUCUUCUCAUACCUUCCGGUACACCAAAGACAAAAACCAGGACGCCAUCUUCUGGGAUGCCAUCUUUUUCUUGUGAAAGGAUGGCGGCCAUUUUGGACGCCAUGACCUUGUGCAUUUUCACACUGCGAUUAUCCCCGCUGAAAGUGCUUUUUUGGGCACGGCGCCCAAAGACGUGCGUUUGGGGGAGCUGCACAAUAUUGUGGCCCGGUAAAGCUGCUUUUUAAAGGGGAAAAUUGCCUGAGAUCAUGGCACCCAAAAUGGCCACCAUCCUCUUCAGAGGAAAAAAUGGGAUGUCCCAGGUUUUUUGGGACACUUGCCCUGUCCUGCUCAGGCCAUGCCCCAGAACACCCCUUUGGGGGAUUUAUGCCAUUGCAGAUUCUUUUCUUGUUAUCUAGCCAGAUUUGUCUAAUAUCAGUUGUGCACUUUUGAAAGUCACUUUGCUUUAGUAGAUGCUCCCAAUCCCAUCCUCCAUCCUGCCCCCCUUCCCUCUCUGAUAAGAUUCAGUGAGGUGAUUUUGGACCAGAUGUUUGCUUCAGGUCUUCCCUUCCUUGCCCCCUGUUGCAUCUUUAAAGUAUUUCAACACACACCGACUCCUUUUGGGUGAGGUUGUUUUUACUCAGCUGUUAAUUUUGCUGUGUCACAAAGAAGCAUGAGGGUGCAUUUCUCUGGAAGGAUUUUGCAUGGUACUAAUUCCCCCCCCCCUUAGAAAACGAGUUCUGUGUUUGUACGCUACUGACCUGAAAAUGUUUUCAGGCCUCUAACCCUGGACAGUUUGAGAAUGACAGCGAUACGCUCUGGCAGCGAGGACAUGUUCCUGAAACCGCCGUUUGCCACGGUCGAGUGGGAAUUAACACAGAUGCACCAGAUGAAGCCCUGGUUGUCUGUGGAAACAUGAAAGUUAUGGGAGCAGUCAUGCAUCCGUCUGACAGGCGAGCCAAACAGAAUAUCCAGGAGGUGAGCAAGACAGGGAAGUAAUUUCCCAACACAGCAGCGCAUGUUCGCAUGGAGACGGUGACUGAGAGGCAGGCAUUGCGUUGCGAAGUAACCAGAUGUUUCAUAGCUUUUGCUCAUACCUUAAAAAACUAGCAGUGUGCUAGAAGGGAUGGGGAGGAAGGAAAAAAUAAGAAGGUGCCUUAUACGGCAUAAAAGUAUUUUGUCCAUCUAGGCCAGUAUUGCCAACUCAGGCUGGCAGCAGUUAUAUGGGGAAGGGGUUGCCACCAUCAUUUCCAUUAAGUGGGAAGUGAGGAACAUAAGAAGCUGCCUUAUACGGAGUCAGACUAUUGGUCCAUCUCAUUCAGUAUUGUCUACACUGACUGGCAGCGACUCUCCAGGGUUUAAGGCCCGAAUCUCCCCCAGCCCACCUGGAGAUGCUGGUCAUUGAACUUGGGAGUUUCUGCAUGUGAUAGAUGCUCUACCAUCUUUUCCCAUCUUGAGCCUUUUAAUGGGAGGUGACGCUGAACAAAAAGUACGAAAUUCGCUAAUUUAUAUUUAGAUGAUGUCUCAGUCGUCCUACUUUGUGGUCACAUCCACACCAUUCAUUUAAAACAUAUAGUUCCCCCACAUAUAUUUUAAAGGAACCUAUCCUGACUACGUUUUGAAGUCUGUACAGUCGUACCUUGGUUCUCGAAUGGGAUCCAUUCCAGAAGUUCGUUUGACUUCCAAAAACGUUAGAAAUCUAAGGCGCGGCUUCCGAUUGGCUGCAGGAGCUUCCUGCACUCACUUGGAAACCACAUUGGACGUUCGGCUUCCAAAAAAUGUUUGCAAACCAGAACAUUCACUUUCGGGUUUGCGGCAUUCGGGAGCCGAAACAUUUGAGUCACCAGGCGUUUGAGAACCAAGGUAAGACUGUAUCUGGGUUGCAUCCAGUGGUGGUUUUGCACUAGUGGAAAGCACUUCCGUACUUGUACAAAACAGGGCGCCCAAUUUUCAGCAACCUGCCCUAUCAGUUUCAGCCCCCUGUGAUCCUCAGAAAGCUACUCCUGAGGGUUGAGAAAGCCUCUGGGAUGGUGUGGGAUAUGGCACAGAUUAUUUCAGUAGGUAAGCUGAAAUUGGCAAAAAUGGGGUGCCCCACCUUGUGGAAACCCUCUCCCUAGGGCUUUCCCCCCCCCCAGGUGGGUGCCAUUGCCAUUAUAAGAGAACGAGGGAGGUGUUCGUGGUGAGUUCCUGCACCUCUUUUUCUAGAUAAGUAGUACUGCCUCUCCCUUUGCCUCAAAAUACAAAUUGGAAUAUGGGGGCAUUAAAGCUGCUUAAUAACAACGAGGCAUAUUAACUGCGGCCACCUCAGACUUCAAAAGCACGUGCACAUGAAAGCCCUUUGACAUGACUUGACUGUGUUAAAUAUUUUAACACGCUAAGCCUUGUCUUUGGUCAAUUAGGUUGAUACGCAUGAGCAGCUGAGAAGAAUAGCACAGAUGCGGCUGGUUGAAUACGACUACAAGCCCGAGUUUGCAUCUGUUAUGGGGAUUAACCAGAUCCAUGAAACAGGUACUCCAUCAAAUCAUCUGUUGUUUUCAGGUCUUCAGGCAUAAUAAUCUUGAAUACACCCCAGCAUCGUCUUCCUUUAUAAUGUUGCAAUGUUUGCCUUGGCAGUCAAGCGUAACGCAGUAAUCCAAUUAAUGAAUGUAUCAAUUGCAUUGUAUUGUGUUUUUUAGACUGCCCUUCAAUCACAUCCCCAGGGCAAUGGGCAAAAGAACAAAACACCUAAAAUGCAAAUGCGAACACAACAGCAAACCUUUACACAAGGCCCCAAGUUCAGAAAAGUGUCUGGAAAGUUGGGGAAAAUAAAAAGGGGGUUGCCUAGCACAGGAAACACCUCAUAGUAGGUACCUGGGUCAACCUCUUUAGAGAAGGUGCUCCAAAAUUGGGGUGCCUCUGUCUUCCAGUAAAUAAUAAGGUACAAAAUGUGCAGGUGGGCCAAGGGUCUGAACUGGGAGGAAUAGACCCCUGGGUUAUAUCAGGGACUACAUACAGGCAUUGCACCUAGACAAGGGAAUCUGCAACAAAAUAUUGCAGUGUAGAAUGCCACUGUUUGGAAUUCAAAUCAAUAAGCCAUGUCCUUUUUUCAGGAUACUCCAUUCCAUUUGGAGGGAGGUCCUCCCUGUUUUCCAUAGCAGUCAGUAAUCCAUUGUUUAUUAAUAUUUACAGUGCUUAAGAAUAAAAUAAAUCUUAUAGCUUGUAGGUAAAGCAACAAGGAGUGCUUACAGGAGGGACCCCCUGUGAGAAAUGUUCUACUUUCGAUUGCACCCCUUCUCUUAUUUUUUUGUGUGAGCAGGAGUAAUUGCCCAGGAAGUUCAGGAUCUUCUGCCAAGAGCUGUGAGAGACACUGGAGACUUAACAUGUGAAAAUGGAGAAAAGGUGGAUCAUUUCCUCAUGGUUGAUAAGGUAAUUCUGUUUUCCUACAGUGCAGUAAACCAUCUUGCUUUGAAAAAGAGAAGUUGUAAGUUCACUGUAAUUAGUGUUCACGAUUAGUCACAUCGUUUUUGAGAUUCAGCUUCUAGAGAAGUAAUAGUCUACUCUUUGAUGGCUCUGUGUUUUAAUACAGCAGUGAUUAGAAACAGGUGUCCCAUCCAAGCAGGGAAAGGGAGAGGGCAACUUCAGAAUGUUGAACUGGGGAGACCCAGGGUCAAAUCCCAACUCGGCCUUGUAGUGCACAAGAAGACCUUAGGUCAGGCACACUCUAUUGACUUGGCCUACCUCAAAGGAUUGUGGUGAAGAUAAAAUGGGGGUGGGGGUGGGGAGAGAGAGAUUCGUGUACACCACUUUGAGCUUCCUGGAGGAAAAGCAGAAUAUACACUGGAAAUAAAUGUUGUUGUUUAGUCGUUUAGUCGUGUCCGACUCUUCGUGACCCCAUGGACCAGAGCAUGCCUGGCACUCCUGUCUUCCACUGCCUCCCGCAGUUUGGUCAAACUCAUGUUCGUAGCUUCGAGAACACUGUCCAACCAUCUCAUCCUCUGUCAUCCCCUUCUCCUUGUGCCCUCAAUCUUAGCCAUCAGGGUCUUUUCCAGGGAGUCUUCUCUUCACAUGAGGUGGCCAAAGUACUGGAGCCUCAGCUUCAAGAUCUGUCCUUCCAGUGAGCACUCAGGGCUGGUUUCCUUCAGAAUGGAUAGGUUUGAUCUUCUUGCAGUCAUGGGACUCUCAAGAGUCUCCUCCAGCACCAUAAUUCAAAAGCAUCAAUUCUUCGGCGAUCAGCCUUCUUUAUGGUCCAGCUCUCACUUCCAUACAUCACUACUGGGAAAACCAUAGCUUUAACUAUACGGACCUUUGUCGGCAAGGUGAUGUCUCUGCUUUUUAAUAAAUAAAUUUUUGAAAUAAAUAAAGUAGCAAUAAUGAGCUAUUCCUUCCCUUCAGUUGGAUCUCCCUUUGGCCAACUAGUGUUAUGGCAAUCUUCCCAGCUGAAUUAACUUCCAAGACUCUCAGUCCUGUACCAUUGGCAUGAAAUGGGACCAAGGGCAAACUUGAAUUAAAUGCUAGGCCUCAUCAUUUGGAUCUUUCAUAUACCUUCUUCAGGCUGCUCAAGAUAAAGUAGACCUGUAUUACUGGGUCCUGAUGGGAGAAGAGCAUUUUCACAAAGGGGAAUAGGUUAACCAUACUUGCAUCCGUUCAGAAAAAAUGUGCCGAAUUUGAUUGUUUCUGAAAAUAUUAAUACUAUAUACCUGGGGUUGCCAAUGUGGUGCCCUACAGAUUCUGGACUCCAGCUUCCAUCAGCCUCAGUCAGCAAGGCCAAUGGUCAGGGAUGAUGGGAGUUGUAGUCCAACAACAGGGCAUUACAUUGGGUACCCCAUACUAAUAGUGAUGUAAAUUAUCUGAGUGCCAGUCCUUAUGUUGCCAAAAGAGCACUAUCCACCUCCACAAAAGAGCAGGCAUCAGCAGCCUGGAGGGGUGUACAAAAGAAGAGGAAUGGUCUACACUGCAACUUUUUGUUUUAGCAGGCCCCUCCCCUCUUGUGGAUUUCACUAUGAACUUGCACAGUUUCACUUAAAUGGCUGCAAGCUCUGGCACUCUGCGGGACCUUGUGACUUAAUAAAACUCCAGUCUGUCUCCCUCUCCUCAUACAAACUAUACUUUUGUGGAGAUCUGGGCAUGACCGGUUGGGAAGGCAUCAGAUUCAUAUCUCCUGUGCAAGGAGACAAGAGGACCAUGUCAUCGAUGUAAUGGCUUCAAGACCAUGAGUGUUUUGAAGAUACCCUUCAGCGAACCAAUUGUGGAAUGUCUUGUCUCUGUUGAUUGUGUGGGCUUUCCCAACUGUGUAGGUUUUGUUUACGCUACAUAUCAUAUGCGGCAGUACAAUUUAGGCACCAUAAAAAAACCCCAGACCAUCUCUGUGCGGCGUUUACAAUGGUGUUUUGUAUGGCUUAAAUGUACUGUGGCAGCUUAAUAACAUAUGGAACAAUAACUGCUUUAUUCAAAGGCUGAAUGGCAGCUUUCAAUUCGCACGUUAUAGUGUGGGAAAGCAGUUUGCCGCAAUACAGCGAUAUAAAUAGUAUAGCAUCCUGGGGGCCUUGCGUAGACAACUUCCCUCAACCAUAGGAGUGGCUGCACCUCUGUACAGAAAUUUGUUUGUUUGUGUGAUGUGUAAGAAAAAUGGGAAUGAAAGGGCAGCUUGCCCGAGGCAUCACAACCCUGCAAAUAUCUAGGAAGAAAGCCAGGAUCCUGAGGGACCAUUCUUAUGUCAUGUGUGAGCUGCUUUCACACUCGCGUGGUUGCAUUUGUGAAGAGGAAUGAUGUGGCUUGAGCCAAUGGUGUGGCUCCUUCUAGGGAAGCUUGAGAAAUCCAGUCUUUGUGAAUUCUGAUAUGACCAUCAAAGAUUGGACCAGGGACCUUCCAUGUGCACCGUAAGUGCUAAGUGCUUAGGGCUGCGCUGUACAUCACACCGGAGAGAGACACACCUGCUGCUGCUGAUCCCAAGUACCUAGUAUGCUACCCCUUAACCCAUUUCAGCUGUUGUGGGGUUAGGAGGAACUGGCGCUUUGAACUCUUUCCUCCAGAAAUUAGCCUACCUGUGACUACUCUGAGAAUGUAUGCACACAGAAAGUACAAGGCUUUAAGGACUGUGAAGAUGAGGUGAGCUGUGGAGGAGAACCCCACUCACACCAACCCAUACAUGAUGUCGUGGAGGCAUCAGCCCAGGCUUUGUACCAUGGAAGGCGCUCAUGGUGAAGAGGACCUCCAGGAGACACACACUGUUACCAGCUGCAAAGCCGAAGAGGUGCCUAUGCUUAGUGACCUCACCCCAGCCAGGCAAAUGCAUAGAUUGGAAGGCCAAUGACUUGGUGCACUUCCUAAAUAUUCCAAGGCAGUUCUCAGCUCAAGAGAUGUAUCGAAAGAUUUCUCAAGUGCUUAUUUUCAGAGAAACAACUACAUCUUUAAAUGCAUCUUGAAGAGCCAGCGUGAUAUAGUAGCGCAGUGUGUUGGGCCACUUAUGAAGUUUGCCGUGUGGCCUUGGGCUCCAGUCAUGCUCUCACAGCCUAACCUACCCCACAGGUUUGUUGUGGGGAUAAAAUGGAGAGAAGGGGACCUUGUAUGCAAACUUGAGCUCCUUGGAAGAGAGAUGGGAUAUUAAUGCAAUAAAAUCAAUAAGCACAUUAAAAAACAACAACAAAUCAACAAGGAAAUGGGACAGAAUGGAGUUUCAGGUGAGUUCAUGAGAAAGUGUCACAGAGUAGAAAUAGCAGAUUUACCAGUCCCUCGCCCCCCUCCUUUCUAUCUCACUCUGGUGCACUCUGGAACAUGUUUGGAACUUGUUCCGCAAUGUAGCCACAUGGCCACGUCUUCAUGCAUUCAAAUUCAAACCAUAUUCCCUCAGUUCUUUCUCAGGUUUAUAUAAAUUGACCGCUUCAUACAUAAGAAACAAGGACACCUCAUAGAACGCCCACAAAGAGGACCUGGUGUUAGCUGAUUCAGUGUCUGUUAUCCUGCUUAGCAAAAAAAUAAACAAAUACUUCCCCAGCUCCCAUUUCAGAAAUAGCAUAAGGGGACUCUCUUCUUCCAUCUGUCUUUUUCUCCCUGGGGAAGUUGUGUUGGAGUUGCAAGAUAAACGGUUCAGCUGAGUCUGUUUGCACCAUCUGAUCUGCACAGAACGUACCGUGUGACAGGGAAUUCUGAAUCUGUCCAUGGGAAACAGUUUGUGGAGGAAAACAUUCAGAAACCUCGAAUGCCUGUCACGAUCUAUUUAGUGUUUAGGCACAACACUAAUUUAAAACAAAUGUUUUAGCGUGGUGCUGCAUGAUGUGCUCUUGUUAGUCACUGCCUUUCCUGCACAAGUGCUCACCAGCAAUUGAGUGCAGAUGGCACAUAAUUUAUUAUUUUUAUUAUUUACAUACAUAACUGAUCCAGCAGUUUGGGGGUUGUGGGGGGAUUUUUGUGGUCUUUUUAUUUUGAAUAAAGGUGUUGGUAUUUUAUGCACUUGAACUCUCCUUAGGGUAGAACUAAGAAAUCACAUGUCAAGGGUAGCAUCCAAAGGAUUGUAAAGCUUACACUUGUGUUUCCUGAACGGCAAUCUCGUCUGGUGCAUGGUGAAGGGCUUUUGAAAUCGACAAGAGUCUUAAAAGCAAAUUGUGAUUUGGUUAGUGUUGUGCCAACCUCUGCUCUCCAAAUUCUCAAAAGUUUUCUUCCCCUGCAAAAGAAGCUUCCGUUUUUCUGUCACAUUUUCAGAGGAAAUAAAAAAGAUUAGGGAAAACUUUGGCACAUCAUUAGUCAUGAUAUAAUGGAAGGGGAGUGAGUUUUGUGGUUUAAAAAGGCAGAAAUAAUACCUUCAGGAAGCCAUCUAGGAUGCUCAGCUAAGGUAAUUCCUUUCUUCACAUCUUAUUUAUUGAUGGGGUUCUUUGUCUGUGUUUCUUUCUAGGAUCAAAUUUUCAUGGAGAAUGUGGGUGCAGUGAAGCAGCUUUGCAAAUUAACAAACAAUCUUGAAGUCCGGAUAGAAGAGUUGGAAGCGUGGAAUAAAAAACUAGCCAGACUGAAACAGAUAAACAGCUUGAAGUCAACGACAUCCAGUGAAAAGAACGCAAGAAGGUAUCUGCAUUUCUCCACAGGACACACAGCCAAAUUCACCAGCUUCCUUAACAUGUUAGACAUAACCUGUAUAGCUAAAGGUAGAGCUAAAUUCAUAGGACGGCAAGUUCUGGAUAUUUCAGGAACAUUUUUGUGUUUUAUUGUUUAGACUGCAACUUGUUUCAGAGCACUUAAAAAAAAGAAAGAAAGGUGGUUGAGGGAGCAACCCCAACUGAGCCUGGCACAGGAAAUAGACUGGGGCUUUGGUUCCUUAUCAGCCUUGCUUGAGCCCAAUAAGCCCCAUUUUUGAGAGCUACAGUGACUACCUACUGGCAGCUGCAGGCACUCUGCCAUAUCAUCAGUGUGGAGUCCAGUGGACACCUCUGCAACAUCUUACCCUUUUCCAGCAGUGUGCAUCAGGGAUUAGUACUCACCCGUAGCUAUCGCCAUGGUCAGAUUUGCCCUUUGAUACUCAUGAUUUCUGAAGAGUCCAUUGUUUUGGCAAAACUGUUUCUAGUCACAUACUAUUUUCAUGCAAAUGGAAUGCACUCCAAAUGUCCAUUGCAGCUUCCAUGUAAUAAUAAUAAUAAUAAUUUUUAUACCCCGCCCAUCUGGCUGGGUUUCCCCAGCCACCAUGGGCGGCUCCCAACAGAAUAUUAAAAACAGAAUAAAACAUCAAACAUUAAAAACUUCCCUAAACAGGGCUGCCUUCAGAUGUCUUCUAAAAGUCAGAUAGUUGUUUGUUUCCUUGACAUCUUAUGGGAGGGCAUUCCACAGGGCGGGCACCGCUACUGAGAAGGUCCUCUGUCUGGUUCCCUGUAACCUCACUUCUCACCAUGAGGGAACCUCCAGAAGGCCCUUGGAGCUGGACCUCAGUGUCCAGGCUGAACGAUGGGGGUGCAGAUGCUCCUUCAGGUAUACUGGGGUUUGUCAUUCUAAUCAAUGUUUCAACAUGAAAAACAAUCUUUGAUGGCAUUCAUCUGAGCAAGCUAACAACAGGAUUCACCUCCUUGUUGAUUUUCCCUUCUAAUAUUCUUUUUUUAUCACUUCCUGCAAUGAAUUCACAAAGUAAAGCAUUUUUUAAAAAAUAUGUAUUCCAGGAUUUUUAGCCAAGCUACUUCUCGUUUACCAUCAAGAAAAUCAGCUCCCAUAAAGGUGAGUGAAAGUAAGAACAUAGAUUGCGAAUAACUCUCCAAUGUGUAGGUAAAAAGACUGUCAAUUUAAACAGAAAACCUGUUGAAUUAGUUAUAAUCUCUUAAAAAGGAAGGGGGGACACAUGUGGAAAUCACCUUGCUUCCAGGUAGGAACAAGCAUGGGAAAGUUGGGGAAAGGCUACAUGCAAAAGGUCAAAUCCUGGCUCUUCUAGGUAGGGCAGUAUAAUUUGGGCUACAGUCCUGGAAUCUUCAAACUGCAGCUUACUUCUGAACAGAUGUAUAAAAGAAUGCAUUGUAGGUUGCUAAAGCAAGUGAGCUAAACUGCACGCUGUGGGGGUAGGACAAAUAAUUUUUAAAAAGAGCAAUUUUUUUUGCAGACACCUCAACUCAGCAAUUGGUUGUCUCAGGCAGCUGAUUUUGGAUGUAAGGAAAGGGCAGCAUAUGGUUUGCUAUUCAAUCCCGCCCCCCGCCCCCGCCCCCCUGGCUUGGGUCAAGACUUAGUUCCACUGAAAUCCACUGAAAUUAGACUUGUGGUUCAUUGAUUUCAGUGGGUUGACUCUUAAGCCUGGGUCCAAUCCCUUGCAUUUUUAUUCCCAGGGAGAAGUGCUUGUGGGAUCUUCUGCCUAGAGGUGCCAAAGGAACUUUAACAGGUGUUGAAUAGUUUUCAGUGUAGAUUCUGAGCUGUACUCGCAGAAAAAUAUUCUGAUGAUGCACACUGCCUGCUCCACAUAAGCAUUAUGGAUUAAGCCCAUGCUCCUUCCUUCCUUCUUCCUCAGAUGCGUUCUCCAGAGAAAAGUCAGUCAUGGUCCAGCUCCAGGAUCUUCCAGAUAACUGUGAUUGCCUUGGUUGCAGUUAUGGCAGUCUGGUAAAGAAAAGCAUAUUAUUAAUGAGAUGUUGGGAUGUAAUUUCAGCAUUGCACAAGCAAAGUUCUACUAGUGCAAUGGGACUUACUUUUCCUCUCUGCCCCUCCACGUGUUAUCAAUUUUGUCCUGGAGGGUCCCUCAACCCUCUGGACCAGAUUUUGAAGGCUGCAAGAAGGAAAGGAGAGGAAGUUCCAUUGUGCGAGUGGAAGUCUGUUGUGCAAGCAGAACAGCAGCACUGGAUACGACCACUUGGUUGUUUUCUUCAUCAGUUCAUUCAUAAAAGCUUUUUGUAAAACAACAACAACAACAUGGUUUUUAUUGUUAUAGGGAAGAACACACACACACAUACACAUUUAAGUGGUGGUGAUAAUCAUCAACACCAUCAGACUUCAUUUCUUUGAUCCUAAUAUUAAGUACUGGUUUAAUGAAAUAAAUGAUAACUGAGGCUCAUAAGAGAACUUCAACAAUGGGGAGGAGAUAUUUCAAAGAUUUUGCUUCUUCUGUACUCUUUUUUUUUGGUAUAUGAUGAUAGAUGUCAAUCUAUGGAAUAAAUGUCUCGUUACAGUGUUCUGUCGAUAGCCACCAUUUAUGUCCUUAGCAUACCCGACCCAGUCAUGGCCAGUUCUACAAGCAGGCAAGUAACUGAUUUGUCGCUUAUUUGAACUUUAAUUGUUUGCUCUUUGUAAUGCUCUGGGGUUGGGCAGAUAGCAGCCUAUUUAAAGCGUAUAAGCAUUAAAUGAAAAGGAUUGGCAAGCCUCCAUGGAGAUGCAAUUGCACUCGUUGGGAGCAGUCACUUUUAUGUGCGUGUUUCCCACUUGGUGCUAGCAAAGCAUACUUGAAUAUGCUUAUAUACCCUUGUUGCUGCUGUGUUAGAGUAAUAGCUGCAUGGGUUUUUUUUAUAUGCUAAUGUGAUUUUAUCAACCUUUCCCAGCAAUUCAACAAGUCUGAUAACACUCCCUCCACCCACCACUUUGACAGGUACUGUGCUUUAAGCUGUUAUUUGAGUCUGAAAAAAUGUUAAUAGAGUAAAUCUAAAAACUGUACCCUGCAUUGAUGGAAUUUGGCAUGUGACACAGAAUUCUGCAUCCUCAGAACCAUAACCUUCAUUGUGCUGUUUUUUUAAAAAGCCCAUGAGGUAGAGCCAGCAUAGCAUGAGUGGACAUCCACUCAUACAACAGGAUUUGUCCUCUUCAGUCCUGAAAAGCCUUCCAUUCCUCCUAAAUCUGCUCCAGGGGGUUGGGAGAUGCCCUCAGAGCAGAUAUUUGGGGUGUGUUUGCAGGGAUCUUGGGGGGUGAGUAAGAGAAACUGGAAGUGCAAAUGGAAUUCUACUGUGCAAACAGGCAGGCGUCAUUGGAUGUUGCCCCAUAUUUCUUGGCUAUAAGGCUGAAGAAGUACACUUAGAACUAUAUGGGCAGCACUAUACAUUAGACUCACAACUUAUGCUCACUUUACAUAUGCAACCUUAUGCAGUGGGCAGGAAAUAAAGGGAGAUUGGGAGAAACGAAUCCCUGCUCUCCCUUAAUUUAUUUUCCAUUUGUUUAUUUUCCACUUAUUUAUUUUCCACACUCCCAGCAGAUUUUCCUUCCUUACCAGCCUCUGGGAAGGAGGUGUGACGGCUCUGGAAGCAUCCCAGAGCCUGGUAAGGAAGAUGGCACAUCACUUACAAUAUAAAGCCACAAAAAUAUUGAACAUAGUAACAAAUGAAACAAUAAACCCCCAGGGGCUUCUGGGAGUUCCUGACUUUGCAUGAUGUUGUCUGAGCAUGGAUUCCCCCCAGAACUGAACCCUCACAUAAGUGGCAUGCCUAUUUCUGAAGGUAGGUAUGUGGGUCAAAAUUUCCCAUUGUCAUGGUGUGCAUUGCUACUCAAUGUGGAGAGCAGAAGUAGAAUGAAUUAACUGUUGAAAAGAAGCAAAUCUGUUUGAACUGAAAAAUUAGAAUGUAUUGACACACCCAAAUUUCGCUAUGUUAAAACUGGUGAAGGUGAUAUGUGUGUCAUUCAUGGAUUUCUUCUACUGUAGUGACCAGAUACAGCACAAUGUCUUCAAGCCCCAAACCUACUGGCGUCAUUCCUGAAGUGAAUUUUUGUGGCAUUUUACCUUGUCAGGAAACUUACUGCUGUCCAAGUCAUCAAACAGUAAGAAAAGACCUAAAUUAUCAGAAGGUGAAGGCAAAGGAACAUAGUAAGUUAAAUCAUGAAUGGAUGUUGCUACUACUUAUGAGAAGGCAAUUUCUGUGAUUGUAGUGAUUGUGAAAAUGGUAGCUGAGGAUAGAUCUCUCCAUGUAGCUGUGUGCCUGCACUUGCCCAAUGACGAUAAUGUGGAGACAAAAUUAGCACUUUGCUGAAAUCUGUUCUUAGUUUCUCAGAAGUUUUAUUUCUCUGUGAAAGAUUAUUUUUCAGUUUUUCUGUCUCUUUCACAGGGAAGAUGAGGAUUCCUUGAGAAUUUCAGGGGGUUGGGGUAUGGAGCUUACCUUACUGUUGCAAAGUGUUCAAAGGUGGAUUAUGUGUUUUUCUUUCUGCAGCCUCCCUGGCUGGCCCAUCUGAAAAACAAAACAAAACAGACCACAAGAGGAGUUCCUCAUGUUAACUUUCUCUGGGCUUUCACUGAUGUGCUGGUGACUAGAACAGAUAAUGCUUUCAGACCAGCACCACGGCUGGCUGAAUAUAUUUUGCUAUCUGAGGCAAAUAUGGUGAACCACACCCCAUUCUAUAUCCUGGAAAGUGGCCAGACUGGUAGCUAAAACUUACUUCAAGACUGACAAAGGGACAGUCUGCUCCCCCAUUGUAAAUGAGAGCAGCAGGCUAGCUUAGGACAGUAUUCUUCAACUAUGGAUCUCCAGAUGUUGUGGGGCUAUAACUCCCAUGACUCCUGACUAUUGGCUAAACUAACUGAGGAUUAUGGGAGUUGUAGUUCCCACAACACCUGGGGACCCAAGGUUGAAGGACACUGGCCUACGGAGCACACUGCAGGUCACAUGACACACACAGCUCUGUUCUCUCCAGCACCUCCCCACCAUGCAAGGUCUGAGGUCACCACUUCACUCUACUUAACAGUGGAGCUGGAGCUGGCCCUGGCUCAUCCUGCCGGGACUUGCUGCUGCACCCCCCAACACCUAAUUUGCUUUAUGCUUUUGUAAAUAAAACAGAGUAUUGCAAUGCAAACUGUACACAGUAUUCCCUUUGCUUAUUCUCUUCUCCAAAUGGAAUGGUCCUUGAGAAACUGAAUAUGACCUCUAGAGUGUGAAAAAAGUCCCCUUUCAUAAAAUGAACUGUCUUCAGAAUAGAGCAUCUGCAAGCGUCCUUCAAACCUGUGCUUGGAAAACUCAUGCAGAAGCUCAUUUUGCUGUAUUUGUUUUUAUCAUAUAAUUGUUUCAGUUUGUGAAGGCCCUCUAUUCUUUCCUCAGGAACGAAAAGGAAAGUACUGCCAGGAAACAACUGGUUUGAGAAGCCUGACCUUGGAAAUGACUGUAAAGUAUUUUUUAUUUCCUUUGAAAAAUAAAGUUCCUCAAAACCCUUUUGGUUACUUUAAAAUGUUGAUCUAGUUUAGAGAAGUUAUGCAUAUACAGUGGUAAAUAUUAUGAUAUAAAUCAUGAUCACCUACCAAAUAACUACAUGAAAGGUGGUAGGUCAGACCAUGCACAGAGGAUGGAGCAUGAGGUUGCAGAUACAGUGGUACCUCGGGUUAAGAACUUAAUUCAUUCUGGAGGUCCGUUCUUAACCUGAAACUAUUCUUAACCUGAGGUACCACUUUAGCUAAUGGGGCCUCCUGCUGCUGUUGUUGUGCGAUUUCUGUUCUCAUCCUGAAGCAAAGUUCUUAACCUGAGGUACUAUUUCUGGGUUAGCGGAGUCUGUAACCUGAAGCGUCUGUAACCCGAGGCACCACUGUAGCUCAUUGCCAGGACAGCUGGCACAUCUUAAUCUCUGUGGUCCAUUACGAUUUCCUCCUAUCAAUAGUUUUGAAGAAAUGUAUUCGACCCACUUUGUGAAUAAUUAUUCUGGGAAUGUCACCCACAACUUGGCUCAAUGGGUCGUGUUCUCCUCCACCUCUUCCUUUUGCCUCCCGUUACCAGCAGGAACGGGGAGAAAUUUGAAUCAGUUUGCAUUUAAAGGUAACCCUACCUAAUUUGCACUUUCUGAAAUAAUCCUUGGGGUUCCUUCAUAUAGAAGCAUAGAAUUGUAGGGUUGGAAGGGACCUUGGGGUCAUCUAGUCCAACCCCCUCAAAUGCAGGAAUCCUGCCCACAGCCAUCGCUGGAUGGGCUUGAACCACCAACCAUCUGGUUAACAGCCAGACACAAUGACCCAUUGCUCCCCUAAGUCCCAUCCUUUUUUUCCUGACAUGAUUUGUACAUGUGUUUUCGAAAUGGUUAACAUCUUAAAGCGGUGAGUGUACCACGUUGUUGUUUUCACAUGUGGUGUGAUUUGGAUGAAAUUGUGUGUGUAUCAGAGUUACAAUUCCAGAGGACUCUUCAAAGUUAAUAUGUCUUCUGAAAGCUUGACUUUUGCAAAGUCACUACCAUUAAUAGGGUGUUAUAUACUAAGCUUGGAUCCUAGAACAAUAGGGAGAUAGGAUGCUAGCAUGCAACAACUGAUUGGCCUGCAGGAGAAGACCAAUCAGGCUCCAGGAGGGAAGCAGAAUCAGUCAAUCAGACGGGACUCAUUGUGUAAAUAAUGUAUAUAAAAGCCUGGGGUUUGGGGGGAAAUUCAAUCACUGUUUUACAAGCUGCAAUAAAGAGCAUGAAAUCACUGCAGGACUCUGAGUAUAUUUCAUAGGGCCUUUCACCAGGAGUGCCAGGGUGAGGGCAGAGGGCAAAGGCAGCUAAUGGAAUGGGGAGCCAGUUGUAACAAAAAGUUUUCAUAUAAACUUUUCAUUAUUAUUGUGUGUGCAUUUUUUAAAAAAAAGUUUCUUCAUGCCAAGUGUCUAUGCUCACGAAAACAAUUCUUCUUCCUUUCAGGGACUGACACAUCAAUCAUCUCUAUGCAGAUCUUAGAGACGCAACAAAAAAUAGAUCGCCGUUAUUGUCGCAAAAACCUGCAGUGUGGGUGGGUAAAAUUGUUUCCUUACAUCUCUUUGUCUAAUGCAGCACAGAGCCUCAAUAUGUUAAGUUGAGCUAAGGAUUUUGCUGCUGCAGGCGGGCCACUGUGAAAAACCAGUAGGGAUGGAGGGGAAAUUUUAUUCAGCAUGCACUUAAAGCCAAAUCCGAUAAAUUUCUGAAACAAUAUGCAGACUGAAACACAGCUAUCCUUCAGCAAUUGCACUUAAUCUGAAUUUUGCAAUGAAGUUCUCGAGGCAGCCAAUGUUUGCAGAAUUUCAUAGAUUAGGGGAAAUUGCUUGCAAAAAUUGGUACAUUGAUCAAAACUACAUAUAAAAAUGUAUUUAUUAAGAGAAAUUUGCACUAGAAUGCAGAUGAGUUUCUAUGAGGAUUUUAAAAAAUUGCCAAGUUACUGUGAAAUGUGGAAAACGGAAGUUCAGAUUCGAAAAAACAAGAAACCGAGAAAACGGAUCUUUGAAUCCCUAGCUGUCAGUUGGUCUUACCAUAACUUAUAGUUAACUCAACAGAGAUUAGCUAUUUGGAGAGGGCAAUUCUAUACCUGGGAGUAAAGUGCCAUUGAAUUCAAUGAGACUUACUUCUGAGUAGACAUAUGUAAGGUGAUAGUGUCAUGCCUCCACAAUUAAUGGUGCAAAUAUUUUCAUCUAAGAAAAAAAAGUGAUACUGCAUGCUCAGGAAACUGAUCUUGUGAAAUCACCCUGUGAUCUUUGGAUGAAGGGGGUAUACAAAUUUAAUAAACAGUAAUGAUAAUGAUAAUCAUCACCAUCAUCACCAUCUGCACAUGGGGAUGCAGAAUCUUCAGAAAGGCAAGAUUUUCUAAAUUUUGUUUUUGCUUUAGUUCACAUCCUAGCUCAUUCAUAUGGCUGUCAUUUAUUUCAGCUAUUUUUAAUACUGAAUUUUAAAGAGUUGUAACCCACCCCAGGACCUGCUGUUGAAGGUUGGAUCAUAAUAUGCAAAAGGAUGGCUGAUUUUUGUACCUGUUGCUCACUGCUGUUCUCAAUUUAAAAAGCAGGCUACCUUGCUAUUCUGUGCAGUGCUGGUGACUGUCUCAAAGUGCCUCCCACUGAAAUUGUUGCCCAGCUAUGCUACUGGGCUACUGUUCAUUGCUAUUUCCCAUUAGAAUAGUUGAUAAGGUUGCUUAAGGCUGUACUUUGCAGUCUCCAGUUCAUAUAGCUGAUUGGCUCAGCAUUUGACUUUUUUCACUUUUAUUGAUAUUUGCCUAGAAUUUCAAAAUAUUGAAAGCCAUUGUCACUAUUUAUUAUUUUAGGUCUGGAAAUUAUAGUUACAUUGUUCCCAUUAACAAACACACACCUGUCAUAGUGAAAAUCUCUCUGGAAAUCAAGUAAGUACACAGACAGAUUUUGCUAUAGAUAAACUUUUUUUUUAACCUUAUCUGUAUAUGGUAUGAAUGAAGAUUGUGCCCAGAUCUUAACAGAUCCUAGUGAAACAGCAAGGAUGAGAAAGCCUAAAUUGAAAUUUACGAAUGUCCCUUAAUGGUUCACAUUCUGCUGGAAACCUCAGUUGGCCUUAAUGGAGCUGGGUUGCAUCCUUAGAGCCAAUUCAUGUGUUGUGCUUGGCUGCUGAUGUUUACAGUAGAGACCCGCUGUGAGUGCAGACGUUGAGUGUACUGGCCAUUGAAUCUAACUUCAGCUCAUCACUGAUGAUGGGACAGCAUCUUCCACUGAACCUGCGAGCAGCUGACUAAUAUAGGAGGUCCUCCAACAUCUCCCCUCUUCUCCCUAUCCUCCAGCAAUCCACCAGCCUAGGCAGCUGCUUCACUCUGUCUAAUAGUAGAACUGGCCCUGAAAGUCCAUCAUUCAAACAUUCGCAAAAUUUGAUUUGCACUAUUGAUAUGAGUUACUCCCUGCUAUGCUAUGGUACUCCUGGAAGUAGAUCAUUCACUUGAUCUGCAAAAUGGGAAUGCAAGCAGUCAUAUAUGAACUGGCCCAUAGAAUUUAUACUCAACAUUUCCAAAUUGCUAUGAUCCCAUUUCCAUGUCGGUACACUCUUUUGAGCAGCUAUAUUGUUAGAAUUAGCAUUGAUUUUCAGUGGAAUUCUGUCUCCCAGUAUGGAGCCAUGCAUUUGCCUUGGGUGCUUUGCUUGUUAAACUCCAUAGGUCUUAUUUCGUAUAUUUUUUUUAAGCAGUACUAUAGCAUCUUGCAGCUUUUAAUAUUAUCCUUGUUCCUUGAAGUACAACAGAACCACUCAUUAUCUUUCAAUGCAAAAUCACCUUUGGAAAGUCUUGCUUUCGUCUUCCACAACAAACCCGUCAUAAGAGGGAACCCUUUCCAGAAACUACACAGGUACUUAGUUCUGUUGUCUCUUCCAUAAAGGUAAAGGUAAAGUGACCCCUGACCAUUAGGUCCAGUCAUGGCUGACUCUGGGGUUGCGGCACUCAUCUUGCUUUAUUGGCUGAGGGAGACGGCAUACAGCUUCUGGGUCAUGUGGCCAGCAUGACUAAGCCGCUUCUGGCGAACCAGAGCCGCGUACGGAAACGCCAUUUACCUUCCCGCCGGAGCGGUACCUAUUUAUCUACUUGCACUUUGACGUGAUUUCGAACUGCUAGGUUGGCAGGAGCAGGGACUGAGCAACGGGAGCUCACCCCGUUGCGGGGAUUCAAACCGCCAACCUUCUGAUCGGCAAGUCCUAGGCUUUGUGGUUUAACCCACAGCGCCACCCGCGUCCCUGUCUCUUCCAUACAAUGAGUUUUAUUUACUUCAUCUGUCAGUUAAGAAACAACUAGAAGGAAGCACUGCCCACUGCUGUUAUAUUUUCUGGAACCUAGGGAGGCUCCAGCUCUUGGAAAUAAUACAACAAAGGCUUGUAAACAAGCAAGAUGUGUUUCCCUUGAGUUAGGAUAAAGUACUGAUUCUCAUUCUGACCUUGGCAAACCCCAGAACGGUCAAAGCCUUAGAAACUGCAGCAUUCCCGCAUGUGUAAUAGGAAUGUCAGAGAAUUCUGAUGAAAAUGGGAAAGGAAGCGGAAAUUACUGCAGUUUGCAUAUUUGUCUGUGGUCAAUGAAAUGAAUGCAAUUGGUAUUCAUUCACGUUGCUGUUGUUCUUGAUGUGCACAGAUGAUAUGUAAUUAAUGGCUUUUUUUUACGUGGUUGUGUUUUCGUUACAUUAAAGGAAUGUAAGUUAUGUAAAUUGCUACCUAAGUUAUGUGCGCUAACCAUAACUUAUGUAACUUAAAUUAAAUAGUAGACAUCAAGAGAAAUAAUGUAUUAUUUGGUGAAAACUGAACUGGAGCAGAAUGGAAACAGUGCUGCUUGCAAUGACUACAUGUCCAGACGGAAAUGGUUACCUUCUUACUUCCCUAAUGUGCAUUUGCAGCAAUAGACAUCCAUGCAAGUUUCAUUCCCUAUCAUCUCUCUCUCUCUCUUUUAUUUGGUUAUACAGGGAUUCCAUCAUAUUUGGUAUCUCCCUGUAAGCUCGUUCCAUGACAGUGCUUACCAUUUUCGUGUUGCUGCUCCAGUAAGUCUUAUUUUUUUAUAUAAAAAAAGACUAAAAAAAGAACAAAACAUUUAGCUAUGAUUAUUGGAUCUAUCUUAAUCUUACUUUAUUUAUUGUUUUGUCCCACCAGGAUCUUGCAGACUGUUCAACGGAUCCUAACUACGCUGGGAUAUUUUUCACUGAUUACUUCUUCUAUUUCUAUCGGAACUGCAUCUGAAAGGAUGGCUUUAACUCUCCCUGAAAAGAAUGGGGAUGGGGAAAUCUUUAGUGCUGCUGAAAACAUGUUUGCCACAUUAAUUCUUCCUGGCAAACACUUAAUGAACUUCUGUUUUAUGCCCUUGUUUUGGGAAUAUCAAAUGGGAGUAAAUAAAACUGAA